AGGUGAGCAGGCGGGACCAGGUGAAGGCGGUGUAGCUGUGGCCGCAAUACUAGGUUGCUGAACUUGCUGAUUUGGUGGGUGGCUUGGGUGUUGGGGCUCUGAGAAGUGAUGGGAAGAGAGGCUGACUCCUGUCGCCUACAGCGCUGGACCCGCAGGCCGGGGAAGGGGCAAAGGCUGAGGCUGAGUCAGAUGAGCUGGGCCGGCUUCGGGCUGAGCUGGCAGGCGCCCUGGCAGAAAUGGAGACCAUGAAGGCUGUGGCGGAGGUGAGCGAGAGCACGAAGGCUGAGGCUGUGGCUGCAGUUCAGCGGCAGUGCCAAGAGGAGGUGGCUUCACUGCAGGCCAUCCUGAAAGAGUCCAUCAGCAGCUAUGAAGCCCAGAUCGCUUCCCUGAAGCAGGAGCGGCAGCAGCAGCAGCAGGACUGGGAGGAGAAGGAGCGGGAGCUGGUCCGCCUGAAGCAGCUGCUGUCCCGCACGCACCCCCUGGACUCCUUGGAGAAGCAGAUGGAAAAGGCCCACGAGGACUCGGAGAAGCUGCGGGAGAUCGUGCUGCCCAUGGAGCAGGAGAUCAGGGAGCUGAAGGCGAAACUGCUGAGGGCAGAGGAGGUGAUUGAAGAAAUGCAGAGACAGCCCCAGCAGCCCCCGUCCCUGCAUGGCUCCACGGAGCUGCUGCCCCUGGCCCGGGACCCGUCGCCCCCGCUGGAGCCUCUGGAGGAGCUGAGUGGAGACGGGGGCACGGCAGCUGAGGCCUUUGCCCACAACUGUGACGACAGUGCCUCCAUCUCCUCCUUCUCCCUGGGUGGCGGGGCCAGCAGCAGUGCCUCCUUGCCCCGCGGCCGCCAGGGCCUGAGCCCUGAGCAGGAAGAGACAGCCUCGCUGGUGUCCACGGGCACCCUGGUCCCUGAAGGCAUCUAUCUGCCCCCUCCUGGUUACCAGCUUGUCCCAGACACCCAGUGGGAGCAGCUGCAGGUGGAGGGUCAGCAGCUGCGGAAGGACCUGGAGAGCGUCAGCCGUGAGCGGGACGAGCUGCAAGAGGGCCUGAGACGGAGCAAUGAGGACUGUGCCAAGCAGGUGCAGGCUCUCCUGGCCCAGGUUCAGAACUCAGAGCAGCUGCUGCGGACCCUGCAGGGGACAGUGAGCCAAGCCCAGGAGCGGGUUCAGCUGCAGAUGGCAGAGCUGGUCACCUCCCACAAGUGCCUGUACCACGAGGUAAAGCGGCUGAAUGAGGAAAACCAAGGGCUCCGGGCAGAGCAGCCACCAUCCUCGGCUCCCCAGGGCCUGGAGCAGGACAAGGGCGAGGAGGAGUCGCUGCCUAGCCUGGUGCCAGAGCUGCAGCUGCUGGUGCGCCGCACUCGGCAGGAGGCGCGGGCCCGGCAGCAGGCCCAGGAGCACGGGGCCGAGCGCCUGCGGAUUGAGAUCGUGACACUGCGGGAGGCGCUGGAGGAGGAGACGGCAGCCAGGGCCAGCCUGGAGGGGCAGCUGAGGGUGCAGCGGGAGGAGACAGAGGUGCUGGAGGCCUCCCUGUGCAGCCUGAGGACAGAGAUGGAGCGGAUCCAGCAGGAACAGAGCAAGGCCCAGCCCCCAGACCUCUCAGAACAGAGGGCCAAGGUGCUGCGGCUGCAGGCAGAGCUGGAGACCAGCGAACAGGUGCAGAGGGAUUUUGUACGACUGUCCCAGGCCCUGCAGGUGCGCCUGGAGCGGAUCCGCCAGGCGGAGACUCUGGAGCAGGUGCACAGCAUCCUAGACGAGGCGCCCCCGAAGGACGUCAGGGACAUCAGGGAUACCUGAGGGGCAGGGCGAGGACCACCCCCACCUGGGGAAGACUCUCUUCUGCACUCCUGCACCAAGGCCUGGGCUUCGCGGGUCUCGGAUGGAGUCUUCACUGUCUCUGAGCCGGGGGUUGAGGUGACAGGGCUGCUCCUGCCCUGCUCCUCCGGCAUCUCCUCGCAGGGGUGGCUGGGCCUUCUGCUCUCAGGGAUGACACCCGGGUGAGGGUCCCAACCCCCUCCCAGAACCAAAAGUGCAGGCUCAGCCCUGCGGCUGCGGCUUUCUGGCUGCUGUGCCACCGUCCCCAGCCAGCUCACAGCCUCUGCAGCCGUGGCCCCUGCUCCAGCACGGCCGGGCCUGUGGAGGCUGGGAGCCCCGUCCUGUGUCAGGGGGGCCCUUGCACUGGGCCCUGGGACAGGCAGCUGCUCUCUGGUCUGCAUGACAUCAAGACGCUUGUCCACAGGGGCUCGACCCCGGCUUCAAGAUGAGCACAGAGGCAAGGCCAGACUUUUCUGUCAUUUAUUUUCAAUAAAUAAGCAGCUCAGC